CUGCCACCAUCUACUGUGAUGUCACACUAACAGUAUGUAUGUAGCUGUCUAAAAAAUGACAUUGUUCAUCCCUGAUAUGGCUGGUCGUCUGUUUUUGCUCAUCUUCCUUUUCGAUACCUUCCAGUACCUCAAAGCCAAAGAUCUUCCUCAGCCCAGUCUAACAGUGAUUCCUGCAGUCAUCAAAGAGAGAGACUCAGUUCAGCUGAACUGUCAGACUCCUCCAUCUGUCUCUGAGUGUUACUUCAAAAUGGAUGGGCAAGUGGAAUUCACCCUUUCAUCAUCCUGUCAACAGACACUCACAGGAACACUACUGGUGUGGUGGACAGGUCAGAGAUCACCAGCUGAGGUCAAAAUGCAAUGUCAGUACAGUGCUACAGGUUCACAGUUUAGAUCCAUAUACAGUGAGCCUUCAACAGUCACAAUUCGGGACAUUCCCCAGCUGACAGUGAGUUCUACAGUCAUCAGAGAAACAGAAUCAGUUCUGCUGAGUUGUGAGACUCCUCCAUCUCUCCCUGUGACUCACUGUUACUUCUACAUAGAGGGGGGAGAGAAUCCUCCCAACUCAUCCUGUACUCAGACACUCACAGGAACAGAGCUGCUCAAGAGGGCAGAUCAAACGUUUCCAGAUGUGGUCAAAGUGACGUGUUACUAUGCUGUAUGGAAGUCUCCCACAUCUCCUUUUAGUAACCCUGUCUCAGUCACUGUUCAGGACCCACCUCCUCCCAGGCUAACAGUCAAGUCUACAGUCAUCAGAGAGAGAGACUCAGUUCAGCUGAGCUGUCAGACUCCUCCAUCUGUCUCUGUGUCUCAGUGUUACUUCUACACAGAGGGGAGAGAUCCUAAACCCUCACCCUGUACGAGUUCACUAACGGGGACUGAGCUGCUCUCAUGGGCAGGUCAAAGUUCAUCUGCUGAGAUCAAACUGAGAUGUUUUUACACAGUAGAAACUCACUUUCCAUCGAUGCACAGUGGUUCUGUCUCUGUUACUAUUCUUGAGCCACUUGAUUUCCUGUGGCGUCACAUCCUCACUGUGUUGGUCCUACUGGCUACUUGUGGAGUACUUAUACACUAUGUCAUCUCCCAUCAAUGCCCAAACGCUGUUCCAAAGAGAAGCAGGAGGGUGGACCAGAGAAAUGAAGACUUUUCGUUGACAGUGUGCUAAAUCCCUGUGCAUACCUAAACACACACACACACACACAAAAACGUAUUUUUACAUUUAAAAAAUAAAUAGUUUUACGUUUUUUGCAUCUUUGAGAUUUCUGUGAUUUUUCUUUUGAAGUUGAGUGCAUGAUGGUGUUGCUAGGCAAGUUGAAAACUUAAUGUACAAGGUGUACAUACAUACAUUGGCUGUACAAAUCAUUAAGAACACCCUCCCCCCAGUUUGAAGUUAGUUACUAACUAGCAUUAGGGGCAUGGACUCUACAAGGUGUUGAAAGCGUUCCACAGGGAUGAUGACUCCAAGGCUUUCCACAGUUGUGUCAAGUUGGA